GCAAAUGUCACUAUGACUUCGCGUAUGAUGUGCUAGAACAUGUCUGGUAUAGUCAUUGUCAUAAACAACGAAUUCUGCUAGUGUGGGAUUAUUAUACGCCAUUACGGCACCUAAACUGUCUAACUUGUGCCCCCCGACACAACAAACAGCCGCGGUGGACCAGCUGAAAUCAACUUCGAUCUAAAUACGAUCAGUCCAGAUUCAUUUAAAGGAACUAUGUAUCAGCAUUCAGUCGAAUGAAAAUCGAGUGACUUUGUGGCUGUAUAUUCAUGGAGGAACUGAAGCGCUAUGAGAACUGCCUCGGCAGACUUCAAGAGGCAGCAGCCCUUUCUGAGACUAGUUCAGUCGAGGCCUUUAGUUACCGAGAUUUCCUGCGAAACGUUCAAGAGUUGCGUCGCCAUAUUGCUUUGCAAACAAUGGAAGCCAAAGGUCAACUCGCCUUAAUUGAGGCCACGUGCGAUCGAUUGAGGGACGAGAUUCCAGAAGCUUUGUCCCUUGUGGCCCCUCAUCGAUUAGGAGAAUUCCGGAGAGUUUGUCAAAAGUCUUUCGAACCAAAAACUCCAGUUAAAGUGCAAACGCCAUUGUCUGGAAGGAAGAAAUUGAGUCGAGAUGCAAUGGCUCAUGCUAGAAAGCUAAUAGACCGAGAGACUACUGGAAACAUGACACCGAAGUCGCCUAAAAUCAGGACUCCAGUGUCAGCCCGGAAAGUGGUACUAAACAAAUCUUUUCUUCCUCACACUUACCAGUCUAUUCACAAAAAGACUUACCUAUCUGCCCUUAAGCAUAAACUUGUACAAAGUCCGAGCUCAACGCCACAGUUGCCCAUGUAUAAAAAGCGGUCCAAGAUGCCUUUGGAACGUAAGUCUGCGACAAAAACACUGAUUGCUUCCUUGAGCAAAUUCGUCUCGGCCCCCAUGCGUCAGGACACUCACACUGUUCUUAAGGAAGAGUUGAAAACCGAUUCUGAUACACCCAAAAUUCCGAGGUCGAAGCUCUGCAAAGUAGAAUCAGUAGAUCGACGCGCACCAAUACAGAUGUGUGAGCCAGUCGUUUCUGAAUCUAUUUAUCCUAUGCAACCAACAAACGCCACAUUGGGCUCAUCCAACAUUAACACGGCCACACCAGAAAUGAAGCAACGCAUCAUGUUUUUUAACAACCCGAAUGUUGAAAGUAUACACCAGCGCUAUGUAGCCAUUCAGGACUCUGAAGAACUGACAUGUUUGCUACCCACAAAAGCAGCUGCUAAACAAAGCACCACCCCUGAACGACCCAUAAUACGCCCCCGAAAAACGAAUAUGCCCCUUACCCCACCGCGGCCACUUUUGUUUGAUCUAACAUCAAAAAAGAGCGUCACCCCCACGAUGCCUACUGUCCGAAGGCCUUCUGAGAUAGGUUUGAGUACUGGGGGAAAGUCAGCAACCUGUGGCAAGAAGCGAAUGACCAAAACUCCUUCUCCACCAUGCUGCACUUCACGAGGUGCACGACUCUGUCUUGCCGCCAAGUUAGACAACAUUCCAAACGGACAAAACGAGAGAACAUUGGAAGCGCUCGCCAUUUCGUCUCAGCAAGCCGUUAUUCAGAAGACCCUAGUUGCUGAAGACUGCACCCCAGAAAUGCCCAGCAGCCGUAUGACCUUCAAACCGUCAUUGGUAGAACGCAGUGUUAUUGCCUCCGAUUCUAAAGAAUCGAAUUUUUCAGAGAAUUGCACUGCGAUAAUUGAAACGGCUGGAGUUCAGGCUGACGAAGUACCAUCAGUAUGUAUGAAAAAGACACCUGAACUGAGGCAGUGUUUUCAAGGCACGCUGCUAAAGACGCCCGUGCUCCAGAUUUCUAAUAACAAUGUGUGUCAACCCAAGGUUUACAAAAUCCAGUCAACAGACGUAAAGGGGGUAAAAGUAACUAACAGAGUUGCCCACGAAGUAAAAACUGUUCAAACUAAUUCUGUUCAGAAAAAAAUGCAACCUCCAUCGAAAGACUCUGAAAAUAAAUUAAAAAUCGCAACUAAAACUCCGGUGAAAUUUGCCGAUAACAGAACUUUGCUAAAAACACCGGCAAAGACACCACGCAAUCAAGUGUUAAGCGUUAGCUUAAGAACAAACGAAAAAUUGACUCGACCUUCCAAAAUGCAACGACAAGCAACAAAAUGACUGAACUCUACAUUGGGAUCUUUAAAUGCUGUAAACAAUUUCAUGCCGGUAGCAACCAGUAGAACUGACUGCUUCUGUAUAUAUGAAUUUAUGUAUGUAUAAUAUAUUCACUGCUUUUGUGCAUAUACAGUGUUUGACAUGUAGAAGAUUCCGAAAUCAAAUAAAU